CACGAGCUUUUUGUUUUCAAUUUGUUCAAGAAGUUCUAUCGAUGAUCUUUUUAAUAUCGCCGCUUGUCACCUUGGCUCCGGUAUUAUGUCAACGUAAUGCACCGACUCACACAUGUCAAAUAUGUACCAUACUGCCGUUAAAGAAAAAAUAAAAGUAAUAAUGUCAGAGAAAAAGCCAAAUAUUUUAGAAAGAUUUAUCAUUUUUAGCGAAACAAACACCAAGACGUUGAAGAUAUUCAGUUAUGGAAUUGCUAGUAUAAGCUUAGUGAUUGCACUCUAUCGAAUUAGACCUUUUGCCAAAUUUAGAAAACCAUCCAGCAUACCAUCUCGCUUUUUACAAAGAAAAGUUCAACUUCAAGGUACUGUGAUACAUAUAGAACCUAAUUAUGGUACACUUUUGAUGGUUGAUCACAAACCACUAAUAUCUUUGCCUCGACUAAGUAGUUCAACAUAUUUACCAAUUAAAGUAGCUGGUCUUGAUGUAACAACUAAUGGUAUUAGUUGGUUGCAAACAAUUGUUAGUGGAAAAGAAAUAACUUUCAUACCUUUAGCCAUAGAAAAGGACUAUGUAACUUGUAUAGUAUCUAUAGAGCGAAAUAAGGAACAAAUAAAAAUUGGUGAAGAAUUAGCAAAACUUGGUUUUGCUAUAGUAGCAAAAGAUUCUCCAAAGACAUUGAUACAAGAUAAAGACAUCGUAAGCUAUCAUAAGUGUUUAUUGAAAGCACAAAAAUGGGCACAAAAUAAAAGAAAUGGACACUGGCAUUUUGUCAAAAAUCCUACAAUUUUAUGGCGAAUGCAACAGAAUUUAAAUAAUAAAUUGAAAUCAAUACUGCCUACAUUUAUAGUACAACAACUUAAUAUUUAACUACAGGUUUUUAAUUCUUCUAAUUCUAUAAAUCUUAAUUUAAAAAAAGCUUAUAUACGUUUUUGUAAUAUAUUAAAAAUAUUUAUAGUAAUAGUAAACAUAUAGUAGUUUUAAAUAUGUACUUAAAGGUUUCAAAUGUUAAGCUUGUUCCUGGAGAAGCAAUAACUAAAAUUAUAGAAGUAAAAGACAAUAUUUAAAAAAGCAAA